AUGCUGCCCACGCCUAAAGGUUGUAGUAGGUGUGAGAUCACGAUACACACUGCGCCGUCAUUACUGUUUGCCUUUAAUGCAGUGAGCAAUUUCUAUGAGCUUCUAAAGUCUACUUCUUAUCAGCUGUGGAUUAUCUCGGGUCAAUGGCUUAGUAUGGCAUCGCCGUAUGUUGCGAGCGGGUCGUUAUCCCAAGAAGAUCUCCAUAGGAUGUUGUCACCGAGAUUAGCAAAGUUGUCAGCUGAAAGAGAACGAGAACAACCUUCGCUUCGAAAUAGGCGUCCUCCUGGUUCUAGCGCCAGUGUGGAAGAUGUGGAAGAUUUUAAUGUUAGGAAUCGUUCCUUACCCGAACAGUUCAGAGAUUUAGUACGGGAGCUCAGCGACUAUCUGUUGGAUAGUACUUUUUUGGACUGUAUUUUUGAUGUUCAUCGGGAAGCUUCGAUUUUGCAUCGUCAUGGUUUACAAAUCGAUAGCCCACCACCAACCCCCAGUCAUGAGGAUUCCCCGCAGUCCAGUUCUGAUACUCCAAGGUCGAGACCCCCGGAAUCGAAUGCACAAAGUCCAAUGCCUGUGCCUACAUCUUCUGGGGAUGAUGAGGACUGGAAUGCUCCGAGAAAAAGGCGGAGGACUAGAAAGCGGAAGUUGUGA